GUUCACUGCAGACUUAUUUUGAAAGAGGAAUAGUAUACCUACUGUAUGGGUAUAUUUACACAUUUUUGAAGACUUAAUAUGCUAUGUGAUUCUUAAAAAAGCAAAACAAGGAAAUGAUGGAACGUUUAACACAUCACAUUAUCGCAGACAUUAUUAGAGUUUGAGGCAGAUUUAGAGAAUAUUGUAACUUUGAGGCUAUUGUAUAAGUUUAUUAAUGAAAAGGCUGUGUAACUGGCAUACUCCUAAGAUGUCUUAUACGAUGACAAAACGGGCGCAAACUGUAGAAUAUCGCUAUGCGAAAAAGGUCACAGUUGCGGCGCGCCGUAUCUUCAAUAUGGCCACCAGCGAUAUCCCGGUUCUGCGCCAGAUGGACAAACAGUUUUUGAAUUGUGGGAUAUGUCAGGAGAGAUAUCGUAACCCGAAAGUUCUCCCUUGUCUUCACACAUUCUGUGAGUGCUGCCUUAGUAGUUACAUCCCAGCUGAGAGUCUCUCCGUGACGUGCCCAAUUUGCCGUCAACAAUCGAUUCUUCCACAAGAGGGCGUAUCUGCUCUACAGAACAACUUCCUGAUUAAUAAUCUCGUCGAGGCCCAAGAGUCGACCCACACGUGUAGCAUCUGCAAUAACGAUAAGCGUGCCAUGUCGAAAUGUUUGGACUGUUGUGAUUUUCUUUGCGAAGAAUGCACGAACAAUCACAAUAAUCAACAACAAAAUGGAGAAAUGAAUGGUGAAAUUGAUGAUAUACAGAAGCCUCAUAGAGUCGUAAGCCUCAAUGAGCUUGCGAUGUCCGAUAAUCCUGAGAAUGAAGAAUCGUCGCUAUCGUGCCCGAAUCAUGUUGGCGGGAUUCUACAGUACUACUGCAGUUCCUGUGAGACAGCAGUCUGUGAGACUUGUACACGAUUGGAGCACGUAAGCCACGAGACAACACUACUUAAAGAUGCCAUAGAAGAACAGAAAGUGAACCUACAGGAGUUGAUGGAACGUGCACAAGCCACUGCGCCAUCUAUCAAGCAAGCAGUAACUCUAGUCUCGGAAGUAGUUGAGUCCCUUCAGGCGAAAUGUAAACAAACUGAAGAACAAAUUAAUGACAUUUUUGAUCAAAUUUCACAAAUGUUGACGGAACGAAGAUCAACGUUAUUAUCUGAACUUGAACUUACUCAUAAUGCCAAGCAGCAGACACUUAUGGAGCAGAAAGAGAUGUUAGAGAAUGUACUUACGAAUAUUUAUAAAUCGUGUGAAGUGACUGAUAAUGCAUUGAAACAUGGUAACGAAACUGAGAUUCUUCUAGUCAAAAAAGAAGUAGCCGAAAAACUGUCAGAAAUUGUGUCGCCAGAUAUUCAGGUCAUGCCAGAGGAGAAUGAUUGUUUGAUAUUUGAAGAUAUAGAAUUAAAGCAUCUUCAAGGCAACCUGAACAGGCUUGGGGGCAUUCGCACAAACAGUGUGGUUUCUUUUGAGACCACUGCAACGGGAGAUGGACUACGUUCAUGUGCAGUUGGAAGAAAUACUCUGAUUACUGUAACGACUAAAGAUCGCCAUGGAAACCUCAUCAAAGUGGGAGGAACUCCUGUGACAGCGACUAUUACAAUGGCCAAGGGGCAAAGUAUCAUACCACAGGUAAUUGAUAAUGCUAAUGGUACCUAUGAUCUCAUAUAUCUUGUACCUGAAGAGGGGAAACAUGAACUGGACAUUAGAACAUACAAUCAGCCUAUCAAAGGAUCUCCGUUCAAAUUCAAAGCCACUCAAGAAACAUCUGAUAACAUGGACAGACCCUCAAGUUCAAAGAUCCCCAAAACAUCGCCAGUGAAACAAAAAGGCACCAAGCGACCACCGAGCUCCAUUUCGCGGGGUUCAAAUCGAAAAAGCAACCCGAUUGAGGAUGAUCUGAUUUUUCGGGCAGGGGUGAAAGGUCGAAACAAGGGAGAGUUCACAAACCCCCAGGGGGUAUGCAGCACUUCUGACAACAAAAUCAUUGUAGCUGACAGUAACAAUCAGUUUGUGCAGGUUUUCAAUGAUAAGGGGGACUGCAAAUUAAAAUUUGGCAAACGUGGAAGGAAUCCUGGGGAGAUGCAACGUCCCACUGGUGUUGCCAUCUCUAAAAAUGGCAAUUACAUUGUCGCAGAUUACGACAAUAAAUGGGUCAGUAUCUACUCUCCGGAAGGGAAAUACAUCAACAAAAUUGGUGCUGGGAAACUCCUGGGGCCAAAAGGCGUCACUAUUGACAACAAUGGGCAUAUCAUUGUUGUUGACAACAAAGCCAGCUGCGUCUGCAUUUUUCAGUCGAAUGGGAAAUUCAUCAAGAAGUUCGGCUCUCGGGGAAAUGAAGAGCAUAAUUUCGCUGGACCACAUUUUGUUGCUGUCAAUACCCAGAAUGACAUCAUCGUAUCUGACUUCCACAAUCAUUGCAUCAAGGUGUUCGACAGUGAGGGUGAAUUCCUGUUCAGUUUUGGGUCUAAUGGUGUCGGGAAUGGGCAGUUCAACGCACCCACUGGUGUGGCUGUGGAUAGCCUUGGAAACAUUCUAGUGGCUGACUGGGGAAACUCUAGGAUACAGGUUUUUGACAGCCAGGGGUCUUUCUUGUCCUACAUAAACACCCACGCUGAUCCCUUAUAUGGUCCUCAGGGCCUGGCGCUGCUGGAGAAUGGAAACAUUGUUGUGUCGGAUUCGGGGAACCACUGCUUCAAAAUGUAUCGAUAUCUCCAGUGAGACUCUGAGUAACAAUAAGACAUGAGUCAUGUUUUUGAAAUGGACUUAAGAGUGGAA